AUGGGGACGAAAUCUGCAGAAUAUUAUACUACAACCCCCAUCAUCAUAACCCUGAUUAUACUGAGCACCAUUAUACAGGUUGGCGGUCGCAGGGUUUCCAGAAGAGACAUCUUUUCUCCUAAGGAAUCCAUUCUGGACAUGGCUCCCACAUCCUUUGAUGACCAGUACAGAGGGUGCAGUGACGCCAUGGAGAAGGAGAUCCCCCAGCUGUUCCGGGAGGAGUACGCCACCAAUAAGGAGUUUGCUGAUGGUUGGGACACGGCCACCUUUAAGUGGCAGCAGGAUAAGCAGAGAUAUGUGAAUUUACCGAAGGGCUUCAGGGAUGAAUACGCCAUCGCGCUGUUCGCGUACACCAUUAAUGGUCCUCUGCACAAGGUCUUCAAUGAGGCGGUGCGGGAGGCCGGCCAGUCCAAGCAGUAUUACCUCAGGAACUUCAACUUCAAGGUCCUUCACUUCUAUCUGACCAAGGCUCUGCAGGUCCUGGAUGAGGUGGACACCCCGGCCUGUCACAUGGUCUUCAGAGGGAUCAGAGGGGUCAGGUUUAAGUCAGAGUCCCGUAAACCCAUACGGUUCGGUCAAUUCACCUCUUCAUCCAAGAACGACCAGAAUGCUUUGCAGUUUGGAGAAGACACUUUCUUCAGCAUCCGGACGUGUUAUGGCGUCAACAUCAAGAACUUCUCCUUCUUCCCCGGGGAGGAGGAGGUUCUGAUUCCGCCAUUUGAAAAGUUUAAAGUGACGAACUUCACCCGAGAAAGAGACCGGAACGUGAUCGCUCUGCAGUCCCUGGAGAAGUCCAGCGUCUACAACUGCGAACUGGUGAAAAACCGAACAUGCAGAUUGAACUGGUGUCCUUACAAUUCAGCCUCCAGUAUCCCGAUCACAGUGGAGACUCCGGUGGUGGUUCUGGUCGGUGCGCUGCUGAUCCUAUCACAAAUACUGGGUCAGGUCCUCCACCUGUGACCUGUGACCCCGACUCUGAGAAGAGGGUGAGAGGGGACAUCAUGGUGGCAUAACAUGUCUGCACUUCUACUGACGGCCAAGACUUCCUGGGACGGAUCCUUCUUAUAUAACGGAGGCCACGCGGUCAUCAGCUACGGGACGUGGCCCCAAUGUCUGGAAUCUCUUUGUUUCCUGUUUCCCCAUUUCCAUCCAUAACG